AAAAGUCAAAAUUGUGCAUAAUUGAAGUUGAUCCCGCCAAAUAUUAACAACGGGCGGCAUGUUUCUUCCCAUCAUCAUACAAUCUGUUGGCUAAUUAAUUGUUGCUUGAGUUAUCAAUUUCUUUUUAAUUUUUAUUUAUUUUUAAUCAAUUUUGAAAUGAAUAAAUUGAAACCAUCUUAAACUUUCAAAAUCAAGUAUCUUGUCGUACAAUACAUAGUGCGAUUUAAUGGGCCUUGUUUUUCCUUCUAGAAGACUUUUUCCAGUAGUGCCACUAUUCCCCUCUCUUCUGCAUAUAUAUAUACAUUUGUAUAUAUAUAUUGAUUACCAUAUUCGACCACUUUAUUAUGGUCCCUUUCUUGUCCUAAACUCAGCUUCUAGAAGCUUUUUCCCUUUAACAUCUCAUCCCCACAUAUGCACAAAUUGAUUAUAUCUCCAUCGUCACUUUCAUCUCUCAUAAAGUACUAAAGCAUACAAACCACUUUCAUCACUUUUAAUUAUCUCUCUGUAUUGCAUAUAUAUAUACAUAUUCUGAAACUUCCAACAGUAGUUAUAUUAUUAUACGGGUCAUGGAUAUUGAUACGGAUACGGAUCUUAUUCCGGGUCUUCCGGAAGAUGUCGGGCUUGAAUGCUUGGUAAGAAUUCAUUACAAUCAUUUCUCUUCCAUUUCAUCGGUCUCCAAAAGUUGGCGGCGCCAGCUCCACCUUCCGGAGUUCUGGCGCCGCCGUAGGGCCGCCGGGUUUACCCGGCAAGUCAUUGUGUUGGCCCAGUCCCGGGUCGACCCGACCCGGGACCACAUGCCCAAGAAAUAUAUUGCUGCUCCCGUUUAUCGGCUCACGCUUUGCGAACCGGAAACGGGUAUUUGGGCCGAGCUGCCGCCCAUACCCGGUUACUGGGGUGGGUUGCCCAUGUUCUGUCAAGUAGUUGGUGUUGGGUUGGACUUGGUGGUGGUGGGCGGGUGCGACCCGGUUACUUGGGAGGUUUCGAAUUCGGUAUUCAUUUACAACUUCGCCACCGCCACGUGGCGCAGUGGGGCCCACAUGCCUGGCGAACCGAGACUCUUUUUCGCGUGCGCGUCCGAUUCCCUUCGGAGGGUUUUCGUGGCCGGUGGCCACGACAACGACAAGCGCGCGUUGAGAACCGCAAUGGCGUACGACGUGGCGGGAGACAUUUGGUCGGCCAUGCCCGACAUGGCAACGGAGCGCGACGAGGCGAAGGGAAUAUUCCAUGCAGGAAUAUUCCACAUCAUCGGCGGGUACCGGACCGACAUGCAGGGUCAGUUCGAGACCAGCGCCGAGUCGUUCGACGCCGCCACAUGGCAAUGGGGCCCGGUCCAGGAAGAAUUCUUGGACGGGCCCACCACGUGUACCGGGAACUGCGACGUGGCAGUACAAGGUGGGAAUUUGGCGGAACGGGAGGGGUCCGCGUGGAGGGUUGUGGCGGAGAUGCCUUCGGAGGUGAGGAAUAUCACGGCGUACGUGGCGGCGUGGCGGGGGAAGGUGUUGGUGAUUGGAUCGGAAGGGUUUGGUGGGGCCUACAAGAUGUUUUUGUUGGAUUUGAAUAGUGGCAAGUGGGAAAGAGUGGAGGCAGGAGAUGAUUUUUUAGGGCAUGUUCAAUCAGGUUGCUGCAUGGAAUUAUGAGUUUGAAAAAUAAUCAAAGCUAUGUUUGGCCCCCUUUUAGCUA